CAUCAAUUUUCAAUAUGCAAAUAAUAAAACGAAAUUCGAAAGUGGAAAUUAAAUUUGGAAUCGGAAUCGGGGAAUCGGAAUAGCUCUUGAAAUUGUCGCUGCUUCUGUUGUGUGUCUAUUUCUGUCGAAUAGCUGCCAAAUAUCGUACAAUUUCAAUUAUUCUUACAACACAUGAAAAUACGCUCUUUAUUUUGUAAAUACGUAUAUUCUAUUAUACUAUACUUAACUUGUAUGCAUACAGUACAAUGCAAAUGCUCGACCCGUCGAGUAAAUGCCAAAAACAAAUCUAGCUAUAGCACGAAAACAGAAAACAGACAACAGAAGUCGAAAAUUAGUUCAUUAGAGAUAGUUCGACUCAGAGGAGGAAUCUUAACUACAUAUUAGUCAAGUCAACCCGCUUUCCAGUCUGAUUCUUCCCCUCACUCACAUAUGGAUCUUCACGCAUAUUAUUAAUACUAUCGGAUUUUCGUCAGAGCGAAAAAGAAGAAGAAGAGUAGACGGUAGCCCACGCACGAGAAGAAAAAAAUGGCUACAUUUUUAAGUCGUUUUCAUCGGGAAAAAAGUGAAAAGAUUUUGCCAAAUGCUGCGAACAGCGCAAACAGCGGUGGCAAGAAAACAGCUGACAUGGAGGCGGCGACGCCAACUGAGGCAGAAGCAGCAUCAGCAGCAGCGACUGCGGCAGCGGCAGCGCAGCCGCGUCCACAGCGACGCUACAUGCGCAGCGCAACGGCGGCGAGCGUAACGCAGCUGCUCUCUGAAAGCUGCAACAGUUUGCUGCAGCGCUUUCGACGCAAUCCGAGCGAACGACCUGAUAACAAACUGCAGCAGCAGCAGCAGCAGCAGCAGCAGCAGCAACAACAACAGCAACAGCGCAAUCGAGCAGCGGCCAUACCCGAGGAUAACAUCAAUAGCUCCAGCAAUAACAAUAACAACAAGGAAAGCAACGAAAACAGACGCAGUGGCUCCAAGACCCCAACGAAUGAGAACUACAAUAACAAUAACAGCAACAGUAAUAAUAGGAACAACAAAAACAAAGACAAAGACAAGGGCAAUCUCACAAAACAGAAACGUCGCCGCAGCUCGGAGAAAUCUACGAGCGGUCGUAGACGCCCGGAAGCGGAACGUGAUAGGGAUAGGGAACGGGAACGGGACCGAGACCGAGACCGAGACCGAGAACGGGAAAGGGAACAGAACGCCAUGAGCGAUCGUCACAGACGUUACUAUGCCGGAGGUGGCCUCGGCUAUCAUCCGAUUAGCUCCACCAGCGGCAGCACCACCAACGCCAUCAUGGGUCGCUAUCAGAAGAGCUCAACGACGGCCACUGCGCUGGACCGGCUGCGCACCCAUCUGAGUCCCGUGGGCAGUAGCUAUAACUAUAAGCCCGCAAUACGCGGAUUGGGCACCGGCUUAAGGCGCGACCUGGACGACGUUAGUAUGAUAAAGGCGUGCAGUGUGAAUACCAAUGGAUGAGAGCGUAGCGUGUUAUCUGAUCGUGGCCAAAUUCAUCCCGUGACUCACUGUCAGAGCAUUCGCCUUCUCUCUUUAGUCUUUUACUGUUUGGAAAACACUUGAAACUUAGUUGCCCCAUUUUCACCUGUCAUCGUGAGUCACAGCAGCAGCAGCAGCAGCGGCAGCAGAGUCAAGUCGCUGUCCCAAUUCUGUCAGAGCUUGAGCGGCACGGGGCGGGUUGAAGGUUGCAGGUUGAAGAUUGCAUUGACCACCCCUAUUGCCACAUCAUAUUUUAAUAGACACUAAUACGUAUAUUAUAUAUAGCAGGUGUAUAUAGCAGCUAAUAUGUAUCUUCUGCUCUGAUUGUGCUCUCAGAUAUGCAUACAUACAUACAUACAUACGUAUAGAUGAAUAUGUAUAUUUAGUGUGCCCACACGAAAUGUUUUAUAGCGCUUCUAUGUGCUUCUCAAAAUCUUCCUACUUGCCGUGUGCGUUUAUUUUCGCUUCCAAGCAAAUGUCCAUGCCUCUCUGGCCUCUCCUCGCCUCGCCCCGCUCCUGUGUCUGUCGCCUGUGUCUCUUUCGGCUCUCGACUUUCGACUCUCGACUCUCGACUCUCUGGCUGGCAUUAAAUGUAUAAAAAGCUAUUCACAAUUUCACGAUUCUGGCAUUUCGGUACAAAUAUAUAUAUAAACUCUGAAGGUCGGCGUGCCGUGGAUAUUUAUUUUGUUUAGAUUUUCGCUAGGCGUUCUAAAUAAAAUAGACGCCCCUCUCCCUCUCCUCCCUCUUUCGUCUGCAUGCGCGUCUUCUCGAAACGCUAGAGAAAGCUGCUGGAUCGACGCAGACGCUGCAAAAAAAAUGCGAGUGAAAUGAUAUGAUGUGAAAUUAAGUGGCCCAAACACUGUUAUUAGCCACCGCCGAAAAGGCCACUUAGAUCGGUCGGCCGGCGUAUAGCGAGUGCUAGGUCUAGGUCUAACUGCGUUUAGCUCAGCCGGAGCGUGAACGAA